AGUCCUUAGUUGGCAAUGCUGCCACCAUACGCUCCAGUCGCGUUUUAUUUUUUGUAGCGUAAAACGCAACAGUUGACAGUUUUGCUUUGGUGGGUGAAUGUGUCUUAUGUUGUACCAACGCGUGGUAUAUUUAUUUAACUCAAAAGUACAAAAGUUGCAAAAAACCGGACUUUUCCUCAUUUAAACCGACCGGAAACGUAGUUUUGUGACUGUUUUUUCAAAGUGUCAACGAAUUCAAGGCCCACUUUUCGAAAAUCAAACCUGCCAAAUUGUUUGAAACUUGUUUGUUGUGUUCUUAAUUGUUGGAAAAUAGCGAUUUGUUACGGAUUUAUCAGCUCAAGACGUCUCGCCGGACUUGUCAAGGUUUCACGAUGUACGCCGAUAAGUGUGAAAAAUCGUAGCGUGGCUCUGCUGAAAUGUCAUCGGCGGCUGUGGGGACACAUCACCAUCAUUCGGGGGCUGGUCCCCUAAGUCUGAUGUCAUGCGUCCGUGAGUCGUCGCCGUUGCAGGAUUUCGAGCCUCCCGACACCGAAAAGAACGCCGCGACGAAAAAGAAGUUUUGGAACCCGAAGAAGUGGUUCAAGAGGAAGAACAAGCCGGCUGAGGAUGCUUCUGUCGAAGUCAUCGUCGACAAGGAUGUACUCCGGAGCAGGUCCACCAGCGAGCUUUCCAUCACAGAGGAGCAAACGCGGAGAAGAAGUGGGUCCUCAAUGCAUCCCGGAUUGAGUGUUUCCCACGACAGUGUCUUCCAUUCGCCGAAUUCCGGCUCAGACAUCGAGUUAGAUGCGGCACAAAGCUCGUCCUCUUUAUCCAUAUCGCAACCUCAAAUUGAUCUGAGGUUACAGACAGAGCUAAGUGAGAGGCUGAGAUUGAGGCGGGGUCGUGGCGACACAAGCGAAGACGAUGAAGGCCUUCCGCAUAGUCCAUGCAAUUCUCCGACCACCACCGAGGCUCUUCUCGACAAGACUGCAAUCAAAGAUCUCCCCACGAAAUCACACAGUACGUGCAGUGAUGGAUCGUUACUUAGCAUGGGUAGCUCGGAAAUGGACGAGGAGAGUUUUAGCCAACAGUCGCGACACUCCUCCAAAUUGUCACUACAAGAGAAGCGAUCGUCUGAUCAAGAUUCGGAUUUGGAGCUAGGAGCGUCUCCUUCGGCCCCCUUAAACCACAGCGCGGCUCACCACAGAGUAGCCGUGAGGCCCAAACGGCGGGCCCCCCAUAGAAAUAAAAGGGUGCCUCAGCUGUCAAAUGCUCUUCCAACCACUCCGGAAGUUAAUGAAGAAAUAUCGAUAAGGAGUAUGACGCCGGAAAGUGUUUCCAGAGAAACGAUCUCUGAGCAUUAUAGCAUGAGCACGAGAACCACUCUAACCGAAACGCAACUAAAAUGUUCUUCUCUGCCUCCUGGUCUAGCACCUCCCGAUGCCGACUCCAGUAAGUUGAAUCGUAGUCGUUCGAACGCCGGCAGCAAGUCGGAGGACCAUUUCGCGACGCUUGAAGAAGACGUCGAACGGGAGGAAAAGACGGACAAGUCGUUCUUCGACCGGAUAUUCCCUCGAAGAAGCGCGAAAAAACGCAAAUCGAAAGAGGAAAAGACUGUCACCGUCCAGUCGUCGUACUCGAAGCGGGUGGAAUCGAAGCCGAUCGCGGCCCCAAGGUCGGGGGCGGCGGCACGCCAGAGGAUCCAACCGAUCGACCUGCCGCCGUCUCCGGAGGUCCAAAAGCGCGAACCGGAUUCCGGCCCACCGGAAAAAUCCGUGGCGGGAACGUCGCCUCUGCAAGCCGAGCUGGAAAGUCGGUUCAAGCAAAGGCAAACUCUGAAUGCUAGUCUGACGCCGCCACAAUCCCCAAAUAUCGAUUCGUCGUCGUCUGUGAUAACUCAAGUCGAAAUGAAAACGAGAAACGAAGAAACUAAAACUAAGAUAAAAAUGCCGGGCUUGUCGUCGUUGCAGCAGCGCGUUUUGUCACUGAACGACGAAGUUGACGAUGCCGGUUUUAAGUCAUUAACUGACUUACCAGACAAACCUGCAAAACCAGUCACGAAAUCACACAGUUUCAAAGCCGCAAAGCCGGAAAAAACCGAAAAAUUCGUCGUUACUGAAGCAACUAACGAGAGGAAGAUUUCGGUAACGAAAGCCGCGUCGCUCGACAGUGUCAAACACUUGGAGGAGCCUCAAUACACCUCCGAGGUGACACAGGAGUUUACAGUUGUUAAGAACGAAUCUAGAAUCAAAGAAUCGGACUCAACUUUCUCUGAUUUUAAUUCGGACGUUACCGUUUCGGGCCCCAGUCACACUGCGGUCGUUAACGUUAAUUACAACCUGGCCAACACGAUAACUUCCGCCGAGAAAAUUAAAGAAGUUACCACGAAAGAAUGCGUUUCCGUAACAAAAAUCCACUUGAAACGCGAGUCUACCCAAGUAACACAAAGCACAGUUACAGUUCCUAAAAACGCGGUCCCCGAAUUUCUAAAUCGGCAGUUGAACAAAGUCGAGGCGAAGCCGAGCAAUGUGGUUUUUUCCAUGAAUUCUCCGAGGAUUAUCGACGAGCAAACUCGGCCCAAAUCAGUCGAACCGGACAAGGUUGCUAAGAACAUCCCGCGGAAGUUUAGCCAAGAAGAUAUCGAAAUAAUCGAGAAGAGUGAGGAAGCGCCCAAGGUGGCGACUCCAAGGUUUCGGAAAAACGAGUCAAACAAGAGGAAAUCGUCGACGAGUUCGACCACAAGUUCCGAGUCGCCGCCGGUCGGCGAAAAACCGAUCUUGCGGAGUCGCUCGAUCAGUUUGGACUCGCUGAAGGGCGAAACCGAGAGUUUGGACAAGUCGUCUCAGGACAGUUUGGACAAGGAGAAAACGGGGUCGGUGGUUGAGACGGUAGUUUUGCGCAAAAAAUCGCUAAUCAAGCAGAGGAACGACGAAGAGCCCGAGUUGAUGAAAGUGUUUGCGCGCCGUUCGCUCAAACUCAAAGACUCAGAGAGCGAGGCGGUGAGUCAGCAAGUGAGCGUGAUGCUCGACGACAGCAAAACCAGAGACAGUGAUAAGGAAAAUCAAGCGGAAUCGCCGCAAGAAGAGCGCAAAAAAUCCGUAAAUGAAUCAAACGAAGCGCCCGAAAUCCGGGAACCGUUAACCGAGACGAUCAAAACGCCGACCAAGGAGCAGCCGAAAAUCAAAGAGAAGUGCAUCGAGUUGACCGAAGUGACGUUGCGCAAGCCGGGGAAUAAUUUUUACACGAGGGCGUUCAGUAUGAAUGCGAAAUCGGGCGAGACGGACGAAAUGAAAGUGAAGAAGCAGGCGAGUUUCAGCGAGAGGAGAAUCACGGAGAAUUGGAUAACGAAUAUUAAGAACGGUGAUGAUUUAAUUGAGAGGAAAAUUUCGCAGGACGAAAUUAUUACCGGGAUAUCGCCGAAAAGUGACUUCAUAACCGAGGAGGUAUUGACCGAGCGGAAAAACUUCAAUCAGCGGAAAGCCGAGUGGGAGAAAAGGGCACAAGAGGCACAGAAAAAGUCGGUACCGUAGUUAUGUGGUGCAACCAAUCCAAUGACCCGGCUUGGAGCUAGUUGUGAAAAUUUAGUCAGCGUUAUGUCAGUGUAAAUAAUGUUCGUGUUACUUCUGUGUAUAACAUCACAUUUUUGUAUCGUUUUUUUUUUUAAGUGAGUUGGUGCCAUGUGAUGAUACCGGCAUUAAUGUCUAAAAAAAGUAAUUUGUAUUAUUGUAUAUUUUAUACUGUAGAUAAGUGCCUUUUUAAACUUUUUUAAUAUGUUGAUUCAGAAUGUGAUGAAGUUGUUUCGAUUGUUGACCAAUGGAAAAAGCCUUGCGAGUUGUGGUGCUUGAGAGAUAAUUAAGAAAUACAGAGUUAUGUAUGUAUACUUCAAAUAAAUGUUAAUAAUGCAGUAUGGGAAUAUGUCUAAUUACUGAUAUUAAAUGUUGAACUGCAAUAAAGUAUUUAUAGAAACA